UUGUGAUAUGUGGAUUUGAUUAAGGGGAAAAAAAUCGAAGUGUGUUGAGAAAAUGCUUAUUUGGAUCUUGGCGUUAACCUUCGCUUGCGGGAACGGUCAGUUCUCGCAGGAGCCGAAUGAAUCGACGCGCCUUCCGUGGAAUCGACUCGAUGAAAGAGAUCAGACUGGAUAUGGGAUGCGGAAUGUUGGAAAUUCUAUCGACAGUAUUAUAAUAAAAGAAGCUACAUAUUUUGUGGUUGCCUCUCGAAUGGUCAGACCAGGUCAGAUUUACCGGUUGGCUGUGAAUGUCUUGCACAGCCCAUUACCAAUGAUGGUGCGUGCAUCGAUCCAAAGAAAUGGAGUCGAGAUUGGAGCAGACCAUCAAGAAGUGAAAGAGAACAUUCCAGAGACCUUGAUGAUAAGAAUGCCACCAACUUCUGUUGGAGGAGAAUACAAUCUGAGACUGGAAGGAACAUAUAACAGUUUGACUGGUGGUCAGGCCUUCCUGAACGAAACUAAACUUACGUUCUCCCAAAGAUCAUUGACCAUCUUCAUUCAAUUGGAUAAGCCUAUGUAUAUGCAGGGAGAAACCGUAAGGUUCAGGACUAUACCCAUUAAUACUGAACUGAAAGCAUUUAAUAAUCCUGUCGAUGUGUACAUGUUAGAUCCGAAUAGGAGAAUAAUGAGACGUUGGCUGAGCAGACAGAGUAAUUUGGGCACAGUGUCAUUAUCGUAUCAGCUCUCCGAUCAGCCUGUUUUUGGUGAAUGGAUCAUACAGGUGAUCGCGCAGAGCCAAGUGGAGGAGAAGACUUUCUUGGUGGAGGAAUACUACCAGACACGUUUUGAAGUUAACGUCACAAUGCCAGCAUUCUUUUUCGAUAAUGAUCCUUACAUAUACGGCAUUGUUCAAGCAAAUUACACCAGUGGAGCCCCGGUGCGCGGGAAUUUGACGUUAAAAGCAAGCUUCAAAUCGUUGGAUAAAAUUCACAUGGAAUCUGGUUCCGAAGCUACCGAAAGAUAUUUUUACUUCGACGAGUACUAUCCGUCGUGGUUAAAGGUAUUGUCUUACUACGACGACAAGGUUCCUGUUCUGAGGUUCUUCAAUGGAACGUAUCAUUUUCGAUAUCCUAUGUCGGAGUUACUAACCUUCGUGCCCGCCUCUAGCGGUGUGGAAAUUACUAUUACCGCGACUGUUGGGGAGCGGUUUCUGGAAGAAAUAAUUACAGGAUAUUCUACAGCUCGGAUUUUCAAUUCCACCACGAAGAUCCGAUUUUUAGGUGGUACCCCGCAGGUUUUUAAGCCGGCGAUGCCGUUUCCGGUGAAUCUAGUGGCGUCCUUCCAUGACAAUUCCGAGCUGAGGAAAACGCAGUUAAACGGAGCGGUAAUGGAAAUACGCGCGGAUAUCGAAAUGAGAACUGGUGGUCGUAGGACCAUGGAAACGCAAUACCUGAAGCCAUCGUCGGAUAACGUAGGUGUUUGGUCCACAAAGAUCGAUCUGAGAAAGCAGCUUGGACUGGAGCACAAUUCGGAGCAAGCCCAACAGACACUGAAUGACAUUUCCUCUAUGAGGAUCUAUGCUUAUUUUACCGACGGCGAAGGUUUCCGAACGCAAACGGAAUUACUAUUGUUGGCCCAUGAAUCACCGAAUCAGCAACACAUAAAGAUUUCCACGUCCACCGAAAACCCGAAGGUCGGGGAGUACAUGAUAUUCCAUGUUCAAACGAACUUCUAUAUCGACACCUUUAACUAUAUUGUUAUGGCCAAAGGUACAAUUCUUUUGACCGGUCAGGACGCCAUGCAGCACAACAUAAAAACAUUCGCCAUACCUCUGAGCGCGGAAAUGGCACCUGUCGCGACCAUAGCGGUCUACCACAUCGGGCAGUACGCCAACGUGGUAGCGGAUUCCUUAACGUUCGCCGUGAAUGGUAUUUCUCGAAACAAUUUCACUGUGUUCAUAAACAAUAAAAAAGCGAGGACCGGCGAGAACGUUGAAGUGGCCAUUUACGGGGAACCAGGAGCGUAUGUCGCUCUGUCCGGUGUGGAUCGUUCGUUCUUCGCCAUGCAAGCUGGAAACGAGUUAACCUAUUCGAACGUAAUCAGUGAGAUGUCGCAUUUCGACGAGCAAACCAAUGGUACUCAUGCUCAUACUUGGCUGUACCACGACGGCGAUCCAGACGUACUUGUCUACUAUCCCUCCUCGACAUUCGGCGUGGACGCUAAUCGAACGUUCGAAUAUAUAGGAUUGGUGGUGUUCACGGAUGCGUUUGUUUACCGAAGACCGGACAAUUGUAACGAAACACAGGGAUACGGUGAAUGUCUGUCGGGCCGAUGUUACAGACUCGACAAGAAAUGCGACGGCGUGUCGGAUUGCGAGGACGGCACCGACGAGGCGGCCUGCGAACACCGGAAUAUCACCGACAUAACGCAAUUUCGCAAGUGGCGAUACAAUCGGAUCCAAAGAUUGUACGAGAACGUGUGGUUGUGGAAGGACAUUAACAUCGGCCCCCAUGGUCGGCAUAUCUUCAAUAUAGAUGUACCGCGACGACCGGCUCACUGGAUGGUCACUGCGUUCGGUAUGUCGCCGAGCAUGGGCUUUGGUAUGCUACCGAAAGCAAUCGAGUACGUCGGAGUUCUACCGUUCUACAUCAACGUGGAGAUGCCGACGCACAGCAAGCAGGGCGAACAGAUCGGUAUAAGGGUCUCGGUGUUCAAUUACCUGCGGCACAAUAUCGAAGCGGUGGUCGUUCUGGCCGGUUCCAAGGACUACAAGUUCGUUCACGUGGAGGACAACGGUAUCGUACAGUCGUACAAACCCCGUACAUCGUUCGGCGAGCAUCAGUUCUUCAUUUGGAUCUCCGCGCAGGACGCAUCGAUCGUGUAUCUGCCAAUCGUGCCUGUCCGACUCGGGGACAUCAAAGUACACAUUUACGCGACCACCGUGAUCGGCCGUGACUCGGUCACGCGUAAUCUACGCGUCGAGGCGGACGGUGUGCCGCAGUAUCGUCAUCAGUCGAUUCUGCUCGACCUCAGCAACCGUGCCUACGUGUUCCAAUACAUGCACGUGAAUAUCACCGAGACACCGAUCAUAUCCUACGACGAGAAUCGUUACUACGUAUUCGGUUCGAACAAGGCUGUGAUCAGUUUAGUCGGCGACGUGGUAGGCCCGAUUUUCCCAACGAUGCCUGUCAACGCCACCAGUCUCAUAAAUCUUCCCAUGGACAGCGCCGAACAGAAUAUGUUCAGUUUCGCGGCGAAUCUGUACACAACGUUGUACAUGCGGCUGAUCAACCAGCGUAACCGUACCCAAGAGAAGGAGAGCUUUUAUUACAUGAAUAUAGGUUAUCAACGACAACUGUCGUUCAUGAACCGGGACGGAUCGUUCAGUUUGUUCCGUAGCGAUUGGAACCAAUCAUCGUCGAGCGUUUGGCUAACAGCGUAUUGCGCCCGUGUGCUGCAAGAGGCGCGUUUCUAUGAGUGGGAGAAUUACUUGUACAUCGAUCCGGAGGUGAUCGCUCAGGCUGUCACGUGGUUAUUGAAACACCAAACGGCGGACGGAUCGUUCUACGAGAUCAGCUGGCUGCCCGAUCGGAAAAUGAACAGUUCGUUGAACUACAACUACGAUAUAAUCACGCAUCGUAACAUCAGUCUGACCGCCCACGUUCUGAUCACGUUGCAAAGCGUGAAAGAUCUGCCGGAAGGCUUAGGAACGCAGGUCGCCGUGAGCGCUGGUAACGCGGUGAAAUGGUUGGAGAGGAAUUUAAAGCUUGUCGAGGACCGCGGGAAACCGUACGAAAUAGCGAUAGUGGCGUACGCGUUGUUGCUUGCCAAAGCUUCUUCCGCGGGACAGGCAUACAAUAUAUUGUCCAGUCAUGCGCGCAGAGAGGGUGGCUUGACUUACUGGGGCAGAGAACAGGUGCCACUGCCUCCUUACAAGCUGGAGAAUCAAAAACCAUUCCUGCUUCCGCGUUUGCCGUACAAAUACGACUCGGAGAAUAUCGAGACAACCGCGUACGCUCUGCUCGUUCAUGUCGCCAGGCAGGAAACCAUGAUCGAGCCUAUAGUCAAGUGGCUGAACGCUCAGAGGUUAACGGACGGCGGAUGGGCGUCCACGCAAGAUACUGCAUGGGCGAUGAAGGCUCUGAUGGAUUACACGGUUCGAACGAGGAUCAGGGAUGUUAGCUCGUUGACCGUCACCGUGGAAGCGACCGCUCUCCCGGGACAAACGAAAACGUUGUUCGUUAACGACAAGAAUCUGGCGAGGCUGCAAACGAUCGAGAUACCAGAAGCAUGGGGAACAGUGAAAGUUCAAGCCAAAGGUGCCGGUUACGCUAUCCUGCAAAUGUCGGUGCAGUACAACGUGGACAUUCCCAAAUUUCAGACCCAGCCGCCGGUCAGAUCGUUUGAUUUAGUCACCAGAGCGAACUUCCAUGGCAGAAAUCAGUCUCACAUAUCGUACCUUAGUUGUCAAAGGUGGACAAACAUAAAUGAAUCAUUACGCUCUGGAAUGGCGGUUCUGGAUGUAGCCAUACCAACGGGUUAUAUAAUCCAGCAACAAAACUUGGAUAAAUACAUUCUCUCGAGACAAGUGAGAAACCUUCAGAGAGCGAGGUUCCUCGAACGGAAGGUUCUUUUCUACUUCGAUUAUCUGGAUCAAGAGGAAACCUGUGUAAACUUUACCAUAGAGAGAUGGUUUCCGGUCGCGAAUAUGUCGCGGUAUCAUCCUAUCAGAGUUUACGAUUACUAUGCCCCAGAACGUUUCAACGAAACGAUAUUCGAUGCUUUGCCGACGUACACAUUGAACAUUUGUGAAGUUUGCGGCAGCUCCCAAUGUCCGUAUUGUCCAAUUUACAACACUGCCGCAUUGUUAGCCACGCCGACUGGUUUCGUGCUGGUUAUGUGUCUAGUGCUCGUCGCGACGAGAUACUUUCGAACACAGGAGUUCAGCGUGGGUUAGUUACGACAUUUAACGGUAAACAAUUUAAAAUUUCGCGCCUUAUGUCUUACUCGUCAUUGCCAUGUUUCUUCUCUUUCUUUUUUUUUUCUACAAUGCCGUC